AUGCCAGACCUUGUCCCAGAGAUCCCAGCAGAGCACUUGGCAGAUCCGAUGAGUCAGACUGCUUGGAAGCGUUUUGCCCAAACUGAGCUUCAAAUGGACGAGCUAAGGAAUAUUAAGCAGGCCAGGGUCAUGAGCCUGAGCGAGUCUUUUUCAAACGAAAGCUUUGGAAAUUCUCUGUCCUCAAUGCUGUCGAUGUCGUCGAACAGCCUGAAGUUCUUGACCCAACAUCCAGAAGCUGAUCCAGAAGCCAGGGAUAGUUUGGACGCCAUCCAACGUUUGACAUAUGUACGGAGAGUCAGGAUCGCCCGAUCCGACGACGACCUGAGAGAUGCCAGCUUGACCAAGCUGAAGAGCAUCCUGCUCAUGGAUCCGACGACGACGAGAUUGAAGGAAUUUGACAUCUACUCGUAUCUAGGACACUUAGAAAGUGGAAAAGCCGGUGCAACAGCAGCAUCGAGCUUCUUGGAGGCCUUGAGAUUCUUGGAUUCGGUGGCGGUUCUAACAUGUGCUGAUCUGGGGUUGGUGCUGUCACCCCGGGUCACAGGUUUCGCCCACCAACAAUUCCUACGCAAAGCCCCACUCAAGCAAAAAGAUCCAAUGCCAUGCCUGGUAGUGGCCGAGCUGGAGAAACUCUUGCUCAGGCAAGAGGAUAGUGUCCAGACUUGCAUACUGGGACAACUCCUGUGGUGUUUUCAUGCUGCAAGUCGGUGGUCUGAUUCAAUGAGACUUCAGUGUCUGAAGCUGGAGAAGAUCAAAGAUGUGGCGUUGGUCACUGGCGAAGCAUUGGGAUCGAAGACAUCGGUGACAAAAGAGGCACAAACCAGAUUGCUGCCAUACGUUGCGAUCGGCACUGGAGUGAGUGGCAUGCUCUGGGCAGAAAAGUGGUUGGACGCUCGUGUGGAAGAGCUGGGAAGGGAACCAGAACCCUUCUUACCAUCCUUUUCAUGCAGAACAGGGAGGUGGUCCUCAACACCUAUGUCCAGUUCCGAGGCUGGUGGAUACCUUCAGGACUUCGUGGAGGAGGUCAGACAUCUGAUGGAGCCGUUCCCAAAGCUCGAUGUCCAAAAUUUGGGGACUCACUCUCUGAAGACUGGACUGUUGACUAUGGCGGCCAGAUCGACUGCAGUCAGAUUCAGCAUGGCUGAAAGGAGAACUCUUGGCCACCACAUCAAGCCCGGCGAUCGCUCUGUAUUGACUUAUAGUAGGGAAGCCUACACAAGUCUAUACGCGAAAAUUCUGGCGUGCUUCCGGGAAAUACAGCUCGGAAACUUCCGCCCUGACUCGUCGGCCUUAGAGAGAAUAAUCGAGGCUGCGGACACCAUGGCCUCAGGCCCUCCAGUCCAAGUCGACGCUGCCCCUUUGGAAGCAGAUAAAGUGGAAACAGCCGACCUUUGGGAAAUUUCAUCCGAAUCCUCGGAAGAAGCGCAGGGCUUGAUUGGGGUCCUUGAGUCCCAGGAAGAAACGGUUGGUAGGAAGCCAUUCCCGGGGGAACACGAGGUCAAUUGCAUUGUCCACAGGAAGAGUGGAAUUGUGCAUGGGUUGACUUCGUCCGGUGCCACAACCUUGUGUGGCCGACAUGUUUCUGCCAAUUAUGUUGCGUUGGAAAGAGCAGCCAUCGAUGACAUGGAAUGCUGCAUUUUGUGCGGCCGCCAACUGAGCAACAUCGCCGCGUGA